CAGGCGCGCUGCGGGGCGGGCGCCGCGGCGGCGGUGGUGGCCGCGGCCAGGGGAAGUGAAUGGUUUUACCCAGCGGGCCCCGCGUCGCUUUUCUCCGCUGGCACCCGCGCCGCCGCCAGCCGCUCCGCCCCAGCCAUGGCGUUCACGUUCGCGGCCUUCUGCUACAUGCUGGCGCUCCUGCUCACUGCCGCGCUCAUCUUCUUCGCCAUCUGGCACAUUAUAGCAUUUGAUGAGCUGAAGACCGAUUACAAGAAUCCUAUAGACCAGUGUAAUACCCUGAAUCCUACAGUUGAAAAGGUCAAAAAGAUUAAAAGAGUCAAAAUUGCACUAAAGCUGGUCCUCCCUGAGUACCUCAUCCAUGCUUUCUUCUGCGUCAUGUUUCUCUGCGCGGCAGAGUGGCUCACGCUGGGCCUCAAUAUGCCCCUCUUGGCGUACCAUAUUUGGAGGUACAUGAGUAGACCGGUGAUGAGCGGACCUGGCCUCUACGACCCCACGACCAUCAUGAACGCAGACAUACUGGCAUACUGUCAGAAAGAAGGAUGGUGCAAGCUAGCUUUUUACCUCCUAGCAUUUUUUUACUACCUAUAUGGCAUGAUCUAUGUCUUGGUGAGCUCUUAGAACAAUACACCGAAGAGUUGGUCUGGUUAAGUGCAUGCUGAAGCUACCACAUGAAGGGAUUCUAUCGAGCAAGAGCCUGUUUCCAAGAGUAGCCUGUGGAAUCUGAUCAGUUACUUUAAAAAAUGACUCCUUAUUUUUUAAAUGUUUCCACAUUUUUUGUUGUGGAAAGAACUGUUUUCAUAUGUUAUACUUGGAUAAAGAAUUGAAGUGGAAUUACGUAUAAAUGAAUAUGAAAUGAUUACCUCUGGUGUUAACAGGUGGACCUUGCACUCCUUAAGGAACAGCCAUAAUCCUUUGAACGAGCGCAUUAAUAACUGACCGUCCUCAGUCCAUGGAAGCUUUUAUUUGUAGGAACCUAUAGGGAAGGCUCAUUUUGGGUUAUUGAAAUGCUAUCUUACUAUAAAUUAGCUGUAGAUAAUCAGGUGCUUCUGAUGAAGUGAUAAUGUGUAUCUGACUCGUAGGAAACUUGCUAGGUUUCCUCCUUUAUCAUGUAGAUGAUUGUACCUGGACACAUUUACAAAAACAAGCAGAGUGGUCAUUUUCCCCCUGCGACUUGAAUAUUAUCCCUGUAUAGUGCAUGAAUGAGAAAUUUCCCUUGUUUCCAUCAGAGUAAUAUACUUGCUUUAAUUCUUAAGCAUAAGCGAACAUGAUAUAAAAAUAUAAGCCAACUUGCGAAGAAUGCAUUUAAAGCUAUUUUAAAUGUGUUUUCAUUUGUAAGACAUUACUUAUUAGGAAUCUGGUUAUUUUAUGCUUACUGUUCUAAUCUGGUGGAAAAGGUAUUCUUAAGAAUUUGCAAGUACUUUUAGAUUUUCAAAACUGAAUGAGAGAGAAAAUUGUAUAACCAUCCUGCUGUUCCUUUAGUGCAAUACAAUAAAACUGAAAUUAAGACUCA